AUGUCAGGUCCGCCAGAAGAAAGUCUCAGGACACUAGUGCUGACCAAACAACGGGAAAAGGAAGCUGCCGAAAUCCAACGCCAGAAGGAGGCAAUCACGAAGGAUUCACAAAGAGAUCACACUGUUGACCGAUUUGUUGGAGUCACGGAAAACUUGGACGAGCGUCUGAUCAAAACGACGGUUGGGCUCGUUUCCCUGUCCGAGUUUCAAAAGACAAAAAGCGAUCUAGAAGAAGCUCAGAGGAAGCUUGCUGCGCAAGUCAAGACUGACAAACCUAAUUCCAAUCAAAAGGUCAGAAAAGCGAAGAAGAAAAACAGGUCAAAACUGUCUUUUGACGAUGAGGGGGAAGAUGAUUCCGGACUGGCAGAAUUCUCUGUAGAUAAGCGAGGUGAACCGGACCAGAAUCCCAAGAAGAAAUCAUUCAAAAACCCUGGUGUAGAUACAUCAUUCUUGCCGGACAGGAAUCGUGAACUGGAAGAGGCGCAAGAGCGAGAGAGAUUGCGGAAAGAGUGGCUUGCGCAGCAGGAGAAAACAAAGAAUGAGACCAUAGAGAUAACCUACUCCUUCUGGGAUGGUAGCGGACAUCGGAAGUCAGUGGAGUGUAAAAAGGGCGACGAUAUCGCGAGUUUCCUCAACAAAUGUCGUCAACAGUUUCCUGAACUGCGUGGAACAAGCGUAGAGAAUUUGAUGUACAUCAAAGAAGACCUUAUAAUCCCGCACCACUAUACAUUCUACGACUUCAUUAUCAACAAGGCAAGAGGAAAGUCUGGCCCGCUAUUCAAUUUUGACGUGCAUGAUGACGUCCGAAUGGUAUCGGACGCGACGGUCGAAAAAGAUGAAGCAAGUCACCUCUUAUCAGGAAUCCCGAACGAAACUGACAAUAGCACUAGUCUCAUGCUGGAAAGGUGGUUGAACGAUCGUGGUAUAACCGGUAUAAACACAUUUUUCCAGCUUCCAGAUGGGAGGUAUACGAUCCAGACAAAGAGUACGGUUCAUAUGUAA